CGGGAAUAAUCGCCCAUCAUAUAUGAGCCAUUUCUUGAUCGUGCAAUCAAUGCUAACGUCGGUUGUCGUUCUGAAUGAUCACCACCAGCGUCUGUUGACGUUUUGAUCGAUGCCACUGUUAAAGAUCGUUAUCGGCAAUAGCCAGGCUCCGAGCAACACGAUUGACUUCACGAGUCACAUGUUGGAUUCAUAGAACCAUAUUCAGGGAAGUAGGAAGUUCGCACGUGCUCGCGUAUGCGCAUGUGAGAAAGUGAUUUAUCAUGAUCGGGAAUAACGGGUGGAUGUGUUUUGCAUUUCCCUUUACUGGACAGAAGGAUUAGUCAUGUCUGAUCGGGAACGAUUACUCAAACACAUUGGCUACACUGCUGUCUUGGUGGAAUGUGAGGUUCACCAAAACAAUGCACUGCAAGCAAACCAUGAAGAAAUAUCUCUCGACGUCCAACCAUGUUCUCUGGAGAGGUCAGAAUUGGGAGACCAGCAAUCAGAAGCCAACGGACAACUGGCAAGUCCAGAGGAUAUCUCAAUAGAGGAUUUACAAAUCCCGGCACAUAGACUGGAUGAUAAAUAUCGAUAUCAUGUGUUUGUUUCAUACAAUGCCAAUGACAGGCAUUGGGUAGAGGACGAUCUUAUACACAGACUAGAGGCAGAACCGCACAAUUUCAAAUCAUGUUUUGACCAACGAGACUUCGACAAAAACGUGUCGGAAAUUCAAAACAUUGUGUGUUCAAUUAUGCUUAGUGAAAGGAUUAUUAUCGUUCUGUCACCAAGUUAUGUUGAGAACUCAUGGAUCCAGUAUGAAGAGACGAUAGCUCAUAUCACGGCAAUAUCACAACAUAAACAACGCGUGAUUGUUCUUGUCCUUGAAGACUGUGAGAUUCCGGACGCUCUUAAAAUGUUGAACUAUAUCAGUGUCCACAGCAAGAACUACUGGAAUAGGUUGCUUCUCUCACUGCAGCAUGAUGGUGUUCAUGCAAGCGAGUCAACAAGUACAAUGUGGUCUAUAGUGUCUUCAUCCCCUGGCUUUAGUAAUGGACAGGUUCUAUCUAAUGUGAGUGCAAGGAUUGAGGGAUGUUGGAAGUCCUGUUUAAUCUUUGACCCAGAGGAAGUGCCUAAUCCGUUCUUCAGCCAAGAGAUCUCAAUCUCAGGCAGUGAGUAUGCAGAGCUAAUUAAGAUGAUUGGUCGGGAGGAGUAUGGACAGAAGAUGCCCUGGAUCUAUUCAGCCGUCCCCACCAUCGUCCUCCUGUCUUUCUUCGCUUCCUGGUGCAUUGCUUUCAUUUGCGUGAUCGUCCUCUAUCCUGAUAAUACUCCUGGUACUCUUCCUGUGCGCCUGUGUGUGUUUGUCCUGCCAGCAAUAAUGAUAGUGGGGGGCUGCUUUCUUCGAUGGCGAGCAGUAAAGAUAGGCAAGGAAAGAUAUUCAAUAGCAAUGUUCAGUCGGAGCGUCCAGUCAAAUAAGGAGCUUUUCAAACGAGCAAAACCUGUGAUAGUCUCAACAGCAAGAACAAAAGAUGACUUUUUCAAUAUAUACUUUCUUUAUUAUCAGCGACAGGAAUGUAUAGAGCACAUCAACUUGUUUCUCCAUCAUUGUACGGAUCGAGACAUUAUCAAGUUAUCCCGGUUGAUUGAAGUCUACACAUCAAGUUCAGGAUACUUAGAAGGGACGAAUAUAGCUGAGAGGCUUGCUGUGAUGUUUAGUUCUCCCUAUGCCAUCCAGAUGGUGUUCAAGAAGCUACCCCACCCGCUGGAGCAGCGCCAUACACGACGACGACAAUGCUUGUGUCAGUUUGUCGAGGAAUUCCUGACGGCUUAUCUUCCAUGUCUGCGCCACGAGGGGGCGUUUGACGUCCGACACUUACAGAUUCUCUUCCUACGCUAUCUGAACUGUCAAUUAAAACCAGAUCCUAUCAUUAUGCACACAUUAGGAAUCGGACUUUCUCAUAUUCUAUAGUUUGAAAAGUGGAACUCGUUUCCUUUUUGACAAGUUUUUUCUGGUAUUUAUUUCUGCCUGAAGAUAUAUAUACAACUUUAAGGCAUUUAUGGCACGAUCUUGCCCUUAUCAACCAGGUACGGAGAUCUCCUUACACCUUUCCAAGGACCUUCCAUGAAGAACUAGUUCUUUGGCCAAGACACCGGCAAACUGAAUGAGCAAAUUGGGUCUGGGAGAAUGGUCAUUAGUCAUAGGCCACAGGUUGGUCAUGGAUGGCCCUUCGGGGUAUGUUGCACUUUGGAAACUUCUGUCUUGAAGGUUGCAGCUUUGAUCUAUGCAGGCAUCUUCAUUUUCUGAUAAAAAUCAAAUCAUUCCUCCUCGCUCUUUGGAAUAUGCACUUUAGUUGUAAAGCUCAUCAACCUAACUGUAUACCAAACUCUAGUGCGUAAUGUUGUUGCAGUUAGAAUGAUUGCAAUGCCAUCUCUUGGCAUCGAUUAGUUUCCCAUCAGUUUAAUCGGUCCGUCAUCUCUUGUCAAUAAAAAAGAAUGCUCUAAUGUUAAUUGAAUGCUGUUCGUGUUUCGUUUCUUCGCCUGUGCCAUUGUUUUAUACACCAGUAUGAUUGAUUGUUUAACACUUUCAUUGCAGGAUUUGUUUCAAACACUAGUGUUAAUUUGAGUUGCUGGAACAAAACAAUAUCCAAAUUAAUCGCGUGGUGAUAGAAUCUUCAUGUUGUAUAACUUUGGAACUAAAAGUCGAACAUUUAGUUGAAGCAUUGUUGCAUUUAUUUCAUUGUAAGGUUGAAUGUUUACGUUUGUCAUUAGUGAAUUGUUGAAGUGUUUUCAUUUUCUUGCGAGUUUUCUAAAGGUCGGGUUUUGAAGGAUGGAAGAAGUGCUGGCACUAGGUGCUGAGAGGUAAUCUGUCAGAGAUGUCUGAUUGUACAUUUAGUGAGUUUCGAAUUGAGGAGUCUCUAGGUAUGUGCCUGACUGGUAAAUAACAAGUUAAGAUAUCAACGAAAUUUGGGUUCAGAGAAGUUGCAAUGGAACCUCGCUUAUUAGUCCGGAAAGCUUUCUACUAAUACCAUGAAUAAAUAAAUAAUAAUGAUGUAUUAUUCAUGCUUAUACACCAUUAGCGUCUCAAGGUAUCACUGUACAGAAAGUAUAUUUUGGCAUCUGGGUGCUCUUAAUUUGUUGUUUAUUCCUUCACCUAAUAGCUGCAUUAUAUUGUUAUUUGUGUCUUGGCAAGUCAGUGUCGAUGUGACUACCGGGAUGUACCAUUUUGCGGAUGUUCUUAACUUCCCUGUCUGAAACCUCAAUAUUGUUGGACAUUUUGAAUAAAUUUGACAUUUCUGGAAA